GACGCGCAGUCUCUCCGCGCAUGCGUACUCAAACAAACCCCUUACAUGUCAAAGCACGGAUGAAACUGUCCGUUUGAAAACUAACUGAUGAAACGGUGAACGAGCAGUUUUAGAUCGGUGGAGAGAGAGAGAGAGAGAGAGAGGGGUUGUUUAUCUACUACAAACAACAACAACAACAACAACAUGUUUGGGAAGAAGAAGAGAGCACCACAGCCUAAAGGCCAGGGCGCUGCUGCAGCCAAACAGAUGGGUCUGUUUGUGGAUCUGGACCCGGAGGACAUGAUCCUGAUGGAGGGGAGUCUGGACGACCCGGAUCUGGAGGCUGAACUUGCUGCUAUUACUGGAGAUAAAGCUGCUGCUGGAGGAGGAAGAGCCAGGCAGAAGGGGAAAACUCCGCUGCCGAUGGAAGACAUCGCAAGAAUGGCCGACGAGUGCAUGAGGGAUGUGGACGAGGAUGAAGAUGACAGUGACCUGGACGACGAUGAAGAUCUAUUGGCAGAGCUACAGGAAGUGGUGGGUGAGGAGGAAGCUGAGGAUGCUGCAACUGUUUCCUCCCCGUCCUCUGCUGCCACUGCUGAAUCUCCUCAAGCUCCGCCGCCGCCGCUCCUGCAGCAGCAGGAAGUAAAGGUCUCUUCAGCAGUGCCCGGCAGCCUCCAACACACCCUGGAGGAGAGAGUAGCCACGUACAAGAUGGCCUUACAAAACGCCAAGACUGCAGGGGAGACGUCCAAAGCCCGGAGGUACGAUCGCGGCCUGAAGACUCUGGAGACGAUGUUAGCUGCUGUGAAAAAAGGGAGACCCGUGAACGAGGCGGAGAUCCCUCCUCCUGUUGCCACUGGAGCCCCGAGUGGCGCCUCUCGUCCCGCUGCUCCCCAACGACCCCCUCCUCCUGUACCCUCACCUCCUGAAUCCAGUCCUUCAGAUCAGCCUGCUGCACCAGAGAUCGUCACACCCAGCAGUGAAGGAGAGCAGUCGUCCUCCUCCGCCCUGCCCGCUCUGAGCAGCGUCCCAUCUCCAGAGGAGCAGGCGGAGGAACCUGCCGACCAGCCUCAAACAGAUGCGAACGAGGCAACCAAGACGCUGCUCUUGGAGAGGCAGAAGGAAUACAAGAUGGCAGCUCUGAGAGCCAAGAAGCAGGGAGACGUGGAGCAAGCUCGGCUUUACUUCAAGACCAGCAAGAGGUUCGAUGCAGUGAUUGAGGCGUUGGAGAAAGGACAAGCAGUCGACCUGAGUGGCCUUCCUCCAUCUCCCGGACAGGGUUCAGAAGGAAGCUCAGCUCCAGUGAAGGAAACAUCCCCGGGGCAAAAAAUAGAGGCCACCCAACCGGUUGCAGCAGCUCCAGCCUCUGACCCCCCAUCAGCCCCCGCGGCUCCCAAAGACGUGCUGGAGGCUCUCGAGCAGAGACGGGCCAAGUAUGUGGAGGCGUCCAAUCAGGCCAAAGCCAGUGGGGACGACCGCAAGGCCCGAAUGCACGACCGCAUCGCCAAGCAAUACCAGAGUGCCAUCCGAGCUCACAAAGCAGGAAAAGCAGUAAACUUUGAGGAGCUGCCGGUUCCCCCUGGUUUUCCUCCGAUCCCGGGACAGAAGGCGACAGGAGCCGAGCAGGGAUUCGUCGCCGCUCUGGUGGCAGCUGAUAAACUUACCUCCACCGAUGUUACCGAAAUAGCAGAUGAAGAAGAAGAUGAAGAGACGGAAGAGGAGUCUAAGCCGGCUGUUCCACAGAAGCCCACGUUAGACGUCCCCACCGCUGGUCAAGGAAGGAAAAGGACACCGUCAGCGUCACCUGACAGAGCAGCAGCCAGGGACCGACUCUCACCAACAGCGGUUCAGCAGCUGGAGUUCCUGGAGGGCAGGAAGAAGCAGUACAUGAAGGCGGCUCUGCAGGCGAAGCAGAAGAACGACAUGGAGCAGGCCAAGGUUUUCCUCCGCACCGCCAAGGGCUUCGACCCGAUAAUCGAAGCAGCACGCAGCGGCAAAACUGUGGACAUCAGCACGGUGCCGUCGCCCCCUGGUGACGAAGACGAGGACUUCAUCCUGGUCCAUCACAGUGACGUGCAGAUCUCAGAGAAAGCCGAGCAGGUUUACACACAGCUGGCAAAGAUCCUCAAAGAGCAGUAUGAGAAAUGUAUGACUCACUCCAAGCAAUUCACACACCUGGGGAACGUCUCCCAGACAACAAAGUUUGAGAAGAUGGCGGAGAGUUGUAAGAAGAGUCUGGAGGUGUUGAAGUUGGCGCAGUCGAGAGGUCUGCCUCCUCCUAAACAUCACUUUGAGGAGAGGUCGUUUCACACCGUCAGGAUAUUUCCGGAGCUGAGCAGCACUGACAUGGUUGUCAUUAUUGUCAAAGGGAUGAAUCUUCCUGCUCCUAGUGGGAUCCAAACAAACGAUCUGGAUGCCUACGUAAAGUUUGACUUCCCCUACCCGAGCACGGAGCAGCCGCAGAAACACAAAACGGCUGUCAUCAAGAACACUAACUCGCCAGAAUAUAACCAGAGCUUCAACCUGUCAAUCAACCGUAACCACCGCGGCUUCAGGAGGGUGGUGGCGUCUAAAGGCAUCAAGCUGGAGCUGCUGCACAAAGGAGGGUUCUUGCGGAGCGACAAGCCGAUCGGGACGGCCCUCGUAAAGCUGGACAAACUGGAGUCACAGAGCGAAAUCAGGGAGAUCGUAGAGGUGAUGGACGGUCGGAAGCCCACAGGAGGUCGCGUCGAGGUGAAGAUCCGCCUGCGGGAGCCUCUGAGCGGACAGGACAUGCAGACGAGCACCGAGCGCUGGCUGGUGAUCGACCAGUCGAAGGUUCUCGUUUAGAAGCUGCUGCAAGAAAAUUCUCAAUAGAAAGAUUAAAGGCACUCAAUCAGAAACACCCGGAGGAGGAAGGACAGCGUUUCGGACGUGACGAGGACGGUCUGUUGUUCUACAGACUGAACUCAGACCAACACGGGUCUUUGACUUGUUUUUAAAAAAAAAAAAAAACUUUUUUGCACACUUGCAAGACACCAGAGCUCCCUUUCACACUCGCAGUCCACCAGGAGGAGACAUGGAGCUGGUUCACUGUAGGUCAGCUGGUCUGUGGCUCACUGACAUGAAGUCUCUCCAGCCUGAGCGACCGAUGACACCAGCUGAUGGACAGGUCGAGGCGGGAGGGAGGAAAGGGAGGAAAGGGAGGAGGGUAGUCGUCUCUUUUGAGUCAUCAAUGAUGAAUCGCACAGAUAAAAAGCUCAGGAGGAAAGCAGGCAGACGAGGUGGAGACGAGGGUUCAUCCUCCUGGAGGACGGCAGAAGGGGGGGGGGCUCAGUGUCGAGCUAACCUGAUCCUGCUGCCCCAGACAUGACUCUAGUUAAUAUAUAUAUCAAAGAAUGUGUACAUAUUUCCUUCAUAUUAUACAGAGCUGGUAUCUAGAACUGCACCUAUGCACUAAUACCAAAGUAAUCACAGUUGCUGUAAGAUCCUGCACUUAUUUGAAAAUCUGCCUUUUGUCUGCCGAACCUGUUGGUAUGUGACGGGACACGGGCUGGUUUUUUUUGUUUUUUAGUUUUUCAACCCACAAGUCACCUGGUUUUGAGAAGGCGAGCAGAUGCAGCACCCUCACACACGUUUCACAGGAGAAAAAGCCAAGAAAUGAUGACGUUAUCGAAGGUACGACUGUAUAAUUAUUGUUAUUACACUCCCAGUUUGAUUAGUCCUCCAACGCUAACUGUGGUCACUAAACUGCACUCUUAUCUGCGGCUUUUAGUUGUUAGAUUUAUAUAUUUGUCUUGUUUACACUCGAUUGCACAACUGAGCUGAGUUUAACUGAUCUUUAGUUGUAAAGAGUCAGUCUAUGAAGCUAAAUAUUAGUUUAAUAUUAAAGGCAAACACACAUUAUGAGAUGGUUAAAGAGUCAGAUGAUGACUAAACUUUGCAUCCUGUACGUAUUUUAGUUAAAAGAAGAGUUCUAAACCUUUUGGGAAAUACACUUAUUUUUAUUUUUCUUGCAGAGAGUUAGACGAGAAGAUCGAUACCACAGGACACUGUUAGCCUAGUUUAAAAUUACACUCUUCUAAAGUUCACUGAUUAACAUCGGUUGUAUUUUUUUAUUUAAUCUGCACACAGACAGAAAUGUAAAAACUUUUCAGAGGGAGAAACUUGCUGUAAAUAUUUGUUGGUGACUAGCUGUUUCCACUCUGCUUCCAGUCAGAACAACAGAAAUAAACACAGUUUUGGUCUUUAUAACUUAUUUCCCCGCUCAUGACAACCGUAUGGGGGUGAAUUAUUGAGUUAACUCACAUGUUUAAAUUAUAUUAAGGCUUAAGGCGUUUGUUUUCUGUAACCAGGCUUCAUUCGGCUCCACCUAUUGACUGAGUCCGGAUCGGACCGAGCUCCAGUUUCAUAUUUAAACCUCAAACAAGAGGAAGUGGUAAAGAUCUUCUCACUGAACUCUCGACAGGAAAGCCAAUAAGUUUAUUCCUCAAAACUCUUCCUUUGAAUGGAACGACUUUUACAACUAUGCAGCAGAUAUUGAACAUUUGGAUGAUUUUAAGGGGCCAGUUCACCCAGAUGACUCAAAGCUUUUAGAUAGUUUAGUGCCGAUAUUUAUAUUAGGAUUAUAUAGAGUUAGUUUGUGCUUCUUAAAGGAAAUCACAACUGGAAAAAAAAGUUGUUUUUUGAAGGACAAAUAAUUAAUUUACAAUAAAUCCUUAAAGUGCCUCUGAAAGAACGACUAUAUUUCUAACAGCUACUAAAUGGACAUUAUUGGUGAGAUUGAUCUUUUCACAAACGUCUGAUGAGUUAUUAAAGAGAAACCAACGUUGUUUUUGAGUGAACUGACCCUUUAAAGUUUCACCUGCAGCAUCGACUCAAAUGCUGCACACAAGAAGAAGAAGAAGCCAUAACAAACCUACUGAGCCAACUACAUACGUUUCCAUUAGCAACAGCUUUACCUCAACGCCGUCUGCAACGUUAUUCAGUUGCCAAAUGUUACUGUGGUCACAACAUUUCUCUCUGUCAGCAUCGAUGUGACGCUCAUAUGACGUUCAGUUUAAUGACAAACGUUGGCCUGAUCGAUUAGAAACCGUUAUAAUCCGUCAUUUCAUCGUCUGUGGAAACAUUUUCAUCACCUACUUGUUUACAAAGAUGAAUGAUGUCAUGUUUAUAUUUACUAAAUGCUACGAAAACAGAAUCAAGGCUAUAUUUUGUUUUUAAUUGUGGACCCUGCUUAAAAACAAAACAAUGUACCAAUUAAAAGAAAAGCUUUUA